UUCGGCUUUUGGCUUUCUACGUUUUUUUAGUUCUCGUCUCUCGUCUCUCGUCAUAUACCGUAAAUUUCCGCCACGGUGUCCGGCGGCCCCCCGGCGGCUACUUCAGCACGUUCCAACGUUUUUAGGAUCGCUCCGAUCGCUCAUAAACUUCUGUGGAAUCGCUACACGAGAAACAUGGCGCUUAUUUCCACAAGGGCGAUUUUUAGUCCCGUGUUGAGGCAGACUCUCAAGCAGAUUAUCUUCGCGAAGCAACUGACGAAAUGCCAACGUUGUCAAUUGAACAGUCAGCUGUUUCUUCCGACUGUUACCAGUCAAAGAUUCUAUGCGACAGAGAAGAAGGUGUUCAGCCGUGAUAAGCCGCAUUGCAACAUAGGAACUAUUGGGCAUGUGGAUCAUGGCAAAACUACUCUGACAGCAGCUAUUACCAAAGUAUUGUCUGAGAAGCAAUUAGCGAAAGCUAAGGGAUACAGUGAGAUUGACAAUGCUCCUGAGGAGAAGGCUCGUGGCAUUACUAUUAAUGUCGCGCACAUUGAAUAUCAGACGGAAGGUCGUCAUUAUGGACACACGGAUUGCCCGGGUCAUGCCGAUUACAUCAAAAACAUGAUCACAGGAACAGCUCAGAUGGACGGUGCCAUACUGGUUGUCGCCGCCACGGAUGGCACGAUGCCACAGACUAGAGAACACUUGCUUCUUGCUAAACAGAUUGGUAUUAAGCACAUCGUUGUAUUUAUUAAUAAGGUCGAUGCUGCUGAUUCAGAAAUGGUAGAUUUGGUAGAGAUGGAAGUACGAGAGUUGCUUUCCGAGAUGGGUUAUGACGGCGAUAAUGUUCCAAUAGCGAAAGGCAGUGCACUCUGUGCGCUCGAAGGAAAGGAGCCCGAAAUUGGUGCACAGGCUGUCCUGCAGUUAUUGGAUUUGGUAGAUAAACAUAUUCCAACUCCUGUGAGAGAACUGGAUAAACCCUUUUUACUUCCAGUAGAAAACGUAUAUUCUAUCCCUGGUAGAGGUACCGUGGUUACCGGUAGGCUAGAGCGCGGAAGACUGAAGAAGGGAACAGAAUGCGAGUUUAUUGGCUACAAUAAAGUUUUUAAAAGCACAGUCACGGGUAUAGAGAUGUUCCAUCAAAUAUUGGAGGAGGCCCAAGCCGGCGAUCAACUCGGUGCUCUAGUGAGAGGCUUAAAGAGAGACGAAUUAAGAAGAGGCCUGAUAAUGUGCAAACCUGGCUCUAUCAAGGCACACGAUCAUGUAGAAGCCCAAGUGUACAUGUUGACCAAGGAAGAAGGUGGCAGGAAAAAACCGAUUGCAAAUAUGACACAAUUACAAAUGUUCUGUAGAACGUGGGAUGUUGCAGCGCAGUGUACGAUAGUGGGAAAGGAUUUGGCCAUGCCGGGAGAAGACAGCACAUUAAUAUUAAAGUUGAUAAGACCAAUGGUAUUGGAAAAGGGACAACGUUUUACAUUGCGAGACGGAACGGUAACUCUAGGAACCGGCGUAGUCACUAACACCCUGAAACCGCUUACGGAUAAUGAGCGACACGAGCUUCUCGAGGGCAAGAAAGCGCUACUGAAGAAGCAAAAAAAAGCACAGCAAAAUUAGUAGACUCGAUAUAAACGUUUGUUAUGGAAUGAAGCAGAAUUGUGCUAUGUAAUAAAGAAAAUAUAAGUUAGCCCAGACAGUCGGAUCUCAGUCAAAACUUUCAAAUGAAUGUUUAUCCGAAAUAUCCGACAUUCCUUUGAAACGAAAACUUGAUAGGUGCGCAAGAUACGACACUGGCAUAGAUUAUAUAAUGAUGAAUACAUAAUUUGAAUAUGUAUUGAAAAAGCGCAUUUUUAUCAUUAUAUUACAUAUGCAUUAUAUUACAAAAUUGUGAAUCAUGAUUUGAUUAACAAAAAACAAGGAUGAUUGUGUCGACCCAGA